AAGGGGCGGGCCGCUUCAAGGCGGAAGUGGCUUCACGAGCACCAGAAGUCGACAGGAUCACGUGGCACUCCAGCAGAGAAUCUCUGGGCACCCGACAUGGCGACUGUAGGGAAGAUGAAACGGAAGAAAAAGAAGCCGACCCAAGACAGAAAAACAAUGGAAGACAAGGGGAACAGCUCCUCAUCUGGAGAUUAUCAGGUUGGACAAGUGGCCAGCAGCUUGUUUCAAAACAAGCCCUUGAAGAGAGUCACGAGCCACCUGGCAUCACUCUUCGAUUCCUCAGCUCCACAGGUGCAGCAGCCCAUCUAUGUGGCUGCCAGAGAAGCUAACAGUAAGAAGAGAAAACAUAAUGAAGAUGAGAAUGAAUUUCACAGUCAGAGAACUUGUGCUGCUGUUGAGCAAAUGCCUACAAAGAGAAUUAGAGUGAAGAAGGAGCUUUCUGGAGAUAAAAGGUUGGCAAACAGAGAAAGUGCUUUGAUGUGUGCUGAUCUUGAAGAGGAAAAAGAAGAAAAAAUGCAAGCUAAACAAAUAAAGAAUAGGAAAAUUUCUCAAGUCAGUAAUAAUGGCAAAACAACAAAUGGCAAAGGAGUUGAUAAUUCAGAUUAUUCAUUUGAAGUAAAUAAAAGAAAGAAGAUUCAAGUCAAUGAGGCAGAGGAAAAAAUAAAGAACAAGAGAACUGUAUUUGUGGGAAAUUUACCUGUUACCUGUAAAAAAAAGGAGCUGAAGUCAUUUUUUAAAGAGUAUGGACAGAUAGAAUGUGUGCGAUUCCGUUCUUUGAUUCCAGCAAAGAGCACUUUAUCCAAAAAGAUUGCUGCAAUAAAACGUGAAGUUCACCCUGAACAGAAGAGUAUUAAUGGUUAUGUAGUUUUUAAGGAAGAGAGUGCUGCUGAAAAGGCACUAAAAAGAAAUGGUGCUCAGAUUGCCGAGGGAUUUCCUGUCAGAGUUGAACUUAUAUCUGACACUCCUUUGAGAGGCAAGAGAUCAGUAUUUGUGGGGAACCUCCCAUACAAAAUUGAAGAGGCUGCUAUUCAAGAGCAUUUCUCUGACUGUGGAAGUGUUUUAGCAGUAAAAAUUGUGAGAAACAAAGUCACUGGAGUUGGCAAAGGGUGUGGCUAUGUGCUCUUUGAGAAUACUGAUGCUGUACAACUUGCUUUGAGAUUGAACAAUUCUGAAUUAAUGGGAAGAAAACUACGAGUCAAGCGUUACGUUAAUCAUGAAAAGGUUAAACCACCACAUGCUCCAAGCAAAAUUUUGGAGAACUCCACCAAAUUUAAGCAAAAACUUAAUUUUCCUUCUAAAAACACAGGACAAUAUUCUGAAAAUACAUUUGCUGGAGAAAAAGCUAAUCCCUUGAAAAAGAAAAAGAAAUGGCAAAAAAGUGGGAAAAGUAGAAAGCGAAUAGAAAAACACAAAUAGAGCAUCAGUUUGAAACUUUUCUACUUGUAUAAUUUACUAAUAAAAUUAUGUUCUAUUUAAUGAGUGUGAUAACUAUUAAUUUAUAAAUAAAGGGCAUUUUUGAAAACCUGGCCCUAGCUUCUAUAGUAGCUGUUGCCAAAUUAUUGCACCUCCUUUAAAGUAGUAUAUUUUAAGACAAAUAUGGUUAGUCUCCCCAAAGGAAGAACUGUACUCAUUGUUCUUCCUCUGGGAUGGUAACUAUCAUGUUAAGUGAUGAUAUUUUUCUAGUUGCUUUUUCAGUAUUCUUUCCAGCAUAACAUUCUACAUUUUUUUUACAUGGAUCUGAUAUUUUUUUCUGUGGAAGAAAUACCCCAAAGUAGAUAGUUUCACAACUGUGAUAGGGAUUAGUAAAUCCUAAAACCUAAAAAGUAUCAAAAUGUUUCUUGGGGGAGGACUAGAGGUUUCAAUGACUUACCCAAAAUCACACAGCUAGAAUAUGUCAGUAGCAAGACUUGAAUCAAGGUCUUAUUGACUCCAAGACUGGUCUGCUAUUCCUAAUGCCACUCAUGUUCUGCAUGAGACACUUUUGGAUGACUUUAAGAAAUUUAUCUAGCUAAUAUUUGAAAUAUUAGAAAUUGUGCUUUAAUUUCUCAUUCUGUGUUCCUUAAAUUUGGCUAAAAAGCAGACUUGAUAGUCAUUUUCUAGUUAGUACAGUGCUUAAGGUAUGCAGUAGGUACUUCUUAAGUGCUGGUUAACUUAAUAUUGGAGUGGUUUCCUAUGGAGGAAAUAUGUAAAGUUUAAUAAAAUCAGCCUUCAUAAAACCAGA